GGACAUGACUCCGGAAGCUGUUUGUGGUGAGACCCGGAAGUGUUACUGUGGCGGCGUCAAGUGACUGACCGGAGGGAGAAGCUAAUCAUUUGCCGCCUCCUUCGGUCACUGAGCUGUAAUCCCGGCUGCCUGGAUCCCUCAGGAUGGUGUUUGUUAAGAAGUUUGCGGACGUGGGUUACAAGGUUUUCUCCACCUCGAUGAUCCUGCUGACAGUGUAUGGUGGCUACCUGUGCACUCUGCGUGGCUACCGCUACUACACACAGCAACAGACACUAAAGGCUUUAGCCGAAAACCAGGCCAGUGAAAGCAUAAAAGACUAAUGUUUCUUUAUGGAAAUUCCCAACUCGAGCAGAAGCUCUCAGAGCAAAGCUGACUGUAAAUAGUAAGCCGGGAGGGUCACUGGCUUUGUGGUUGGUCGGAGAAUUCUUUCCCACGAUGACUUUGAUUGAGCUGUUCUGUUUGAUGUAGAAUGUAAUCACUGCUGUUCGUUUCUGUGUUUAUAAUCUGCACAAUUUCGAAAGCUUUAUUCCGUGUCACUUGAAACUAAAUGUUUUGAGACAAAA